AUGCUGCUUAGCUCAGCAUGGCUUGACACUAGAUCCGAGCAUUAUUUAUUUGCCAAGCCUGGUUGCCUCGAUUCUCAUCAUUCUCUCUCUUUCACUCCUCACCUUAGCUUCCUGUCGAAUCAAAGCGAUCCGGAAUGGUAUGAACUUCACAUCGCCGUGAAGGACUACUGCUUUGGGCGCACAGACCGCCUUGUCGGUGUUACGGUGUUGUCUUUGGCGCACGCACUCGACCUGGGCGCCACGCCGAUGCGGCUGCCGUUGGGUCGCCGUCUGCAUCUCAAUGAAACCGGAUGGACAGUCCUGCGAAUUCUCUCGCAACGGGUGAAAAGUGACGAAAUAGCUCGAGAUUUCGUCAAAGCCAAAUCCGAGUGUCGUCCCUCACCGGAGCAAGAGUCUGCAGGAAUGCAAGACGGCAUUUAG